AUGAAAGCUGCUCUCGCUGUCAUCUUCGUUGCUUGUCUCACUGGCUCAAUGGCUUCGGAUGCUCAAAGCCGAUUCAUUGACCAACUUGUCCAACAAGGACAGAACAUUGCUCAAACCAUCAUGGGUCAACUUCAAACGAACAUUAUUGGCUUUGUUCAACAGGCUGCUAGCAAUCUCGAGCCACUGAACGCUUUUAUCGAAAGUCAACCGUUCUUAAACAAUAUUGUUGAACAAAUCAAACCUCAGAUCGCUGGACCCAUCAACACCGUCCUUGCUCAAAUCAUCAGUGGACUCGGUGGUCUCAUUGGUGGCCGUGCCAGCCUCGAUCUUGGUGCCAUCUUCAACGACUUCCUUCAACAAAUCACCACCCCACUUCUUGGUAUUGGUCAACACCUUCUCAAUCAAGGCUUAGGUGCCGUUCUUGGUGGAAUCGCUGGAUCACGUGGCUUCUCUGACAUCUUCGCUUCACUCCAACAACAAAUCGCAGGUGCCGUCACUGUUGCUCAAAGUGCUCUCUCAGGUGCUCUUGGUAGCCUCUCAGCUCUUGGCUCAAACAUCCUCGAUGCCUCAAAACCACACUGGGAACAACUUCAAGAACAACUCGUUGGUCACGGCCUCAACGUUCUUGGAUCAAUCUCAGAAACCAUCAACAACGUCCACGGUUCAAUUGUCGGCCGAAAAUAA